GGAAAAAGAGAGGAGCUAACCAGUCGUGCGUAGUCUUUCAUUCCAAGAGGUUUAAGUUUCGUUCCUCGUUCAAUUAAUUUCAACUUCCGGGAAUUUCGGCAGUUAUUUUUUUUACUUUUUAUUUCUCUAAAACUGUGUCUGUGUUUUUUUUAAAAUAAAAUUAAAUUCUUUUUUUUUACUUAUCGACAAAAAAUUUUUGUUUGUUGAUUUUUCGUUGUCGCGUCAUCAUCGUAUUCGUGUUAGACGGGGCAAGUUUUACUUUUCCGAGUGGAAAGUUUUGUGAACUGUCGGAAAAAGGAAUAUUUUAACAUACAUCAUCGAAACUUGUGUGUAUGUUAGUGAAAUUGAGGAAAUACAUUCUCCAAAACUUGAGCUCAAUUUACAAUAUAUAUAUAUAUAGAGUUUUGAAAAGUGUUGUAAAAUUUGAAAAGAGAGAAAUGGAAAAUUGAAUGAAUGAUGACCAGCUGAGUCGCCGCGCGUGGCCUCUGGUGACUUCUUACAUUUCUCAGUUCUCUUUUUCUAUAUAUAUAUAUAUAUAUAUAUAUAUGUAUGUGUUGUGUGCGCUGUGGUGUCGACGAUCUUUUCCAAGUGCGUGUGCCUGCAUCAUUUCUCCCGCCCGACGGUAGCUGAAUUCGCGCACUGUUGCCACAUUUCUUCGUUUACGAGACACACACAAAAACACUUCCAUCAUGUUCGUCAGUCCCACUGACUAUACAACUACUUAUAAAAUGUAUGGCUCUGAUGAAUUUGGACAGGAUUCUCCAAGAUACACUUCACCAAAGGCUGCCGCACUCUACGCGGAUUCCUACUAUAUUGGUAAUUAUAAAAAUGGGAAUGCUGCAGGAACUGGUCCCGGUGAUCCUUGGACGGGAGGAGGCGGCGGAGUUCAACCACCCUACAGCGGAUAUGGCCCACCCCACCUGACCCAACCGGCAUAUCCAAUGCAUUUACCCCACGACCAAAUGGCAUACUCGGCAAUGUCGCCAAACGGUGAACCGCCAGCGCCAAUUUUAGGAUCAGCAGUUACGAGUGCAGCGUCGUUGCCACCAAUGUCGACGUUCCGUGGAAGUGGCGCGGUAGCAACGAACAGCGGAACUGGUACCGCAUCACCGGCAUCGUUGCAAUAUAGCCAUAGUCCAAGUGCACCGGCAGCUGGUGCACCGUCUUCCGCCCCCAGUGCACCCACCACCAAUCAACCCUCCGCUACGGACAAUCUCGGCAAAACCCUUGCAUCAGUUGUGAGCACACCCCGAAUCUACCCCACGGACCAAUCAGUAUCGAGUUAUAGCAGUAAUCCGUCAACGCCGGUGAGUUCACCGCCACCAUUGACGAGCUCGGGGCCUGGUUGGGCGCCCGGAGCUGCUCCAGUUUCACCCCAUUUUACGGCAGAUCCUAAUCGCGGGACGAUUCACAUGCCGGCGCCCGAACAGCAGAGGUUAGACGAUGCCAUUGGUUUCCUUCGCGACCACGCCGAGUUGGUACAGGGAACGCGGAUGGAGGAACGACUGGACGAUGCCAUAAACGUUCUCAGGAAUCACGCCGAGAGUCAAAUUGCACUUCACCUCGCACCCGUUGGUCCACAUGGUUCCUUAUAUUCCCACACGUCACCGCAGCAACUCGAUCACCUGACGAGUCCACAUCCGACGGUGACAGUAGCGCAAACGGCGGGUUCUUAUCCAGGUCUUGCACCAACGCCCGACACCGAUGGUUCUAUAAAAAUUGAGAGGCUAUCCGGCACGAAUACCAAAUAUAUUUCCUUAGAAAAAAGAAAAGAGCCGGCAGACAGUAGUGGCGUUGAAACAAAACCCUCGAGCAGUGAAUUGUCAACUGGAAUUAUUGGCGGAGCGACAGUAAAUUCCACAUCCCAAGGAAAAGGAACAAAAAGAUCACGAAGAUAUUGUUCGAGCGCCGAUGAAGAUUGUGAUGAUACUGACAACAAAGCGGUACGCGAAAAAGAGCGCCGCCAAGCCAACAACGUUCGCGAAAGUUCAAGCGCCGAAGAUGAAGACGAUGAUCCUGAUAUGAAGGCCCAGAGGGAAAAAGAAAGGCGACAGACAAAUAAUGCUAGGGAAAGGAUACGUAUUAGGGAUAUAAAUGAAGCAUUAAAGGAGCUCGGCAGGAUGUGUAUGACGCACCUGAAGACGGAUAAACCUCAAACCAAACUAGGAAUUCUCAACAUGGCAGUUGAAGUCAUUAUGACAUUAGAGCAACAAGUCAGAGAACGAAAUCUUAAUCCAAAGGCAGCGUGCUUAAAAAGGAGAGAAGAAGAAAAAGCGGAAGAUGGACCGAAAUUGGCGGGACAUCUGGCAGCGCAUAUAGGUCAUCCACAUCCACAUCCGCAUCCACAUUCUCAAGCUCCCUUUCCUGCGAUGCCGGGUCCGCCACCUUCUCUUCAGCACAAUUCGUCGCAACCACAGUAGCAGCGGCUCGUUAGUGGCGUUAUUCUGUGUUAAAGUCGUGUGCGUCAGGUCCAGUUUGCAGCCUGUACAGAACUCUCGACGUGGCUAGAGUUUAAAGAAAAAUCUCUUUUUUUUUUAAAAAAAAAAACUCCUGCCUUCUUCUCGGUGAAAAACAAAAAAAAAAAAAUUUUUUUUUUUUUGAACGAUGAGGAAUUAUUUGCAUUAUAUAUAAAAUAUAAACGGCAAGGAGAAUGCAUAUAGAUAUAUAUAUAUACAGAUUAAAAAAAAAAUAUAUAUAUAUAUGUGAGUAUACAUAUGUAAAGCAUAGCAAAAAAAAAAAAGGACUUACUCUUUCCCUUAAAAGAAAAAAAAAUAAAAUAAAAGCCACCGCGGCCAAAUGAUAGAAAAAAAAAAACUAAUUCUUGUACAUUGAGUUAAAAAAAUAUCAGUUUUGUGAUGUGUCGGUGGUUUCAUUUUUAAAACCCUUUCUUCAUAUUGUGUUUCGGCAAAAAGCGCGAGAGUAUGCGUGCGAGAGAGAAAGAGACAAAAUGGCGAAAAAAAAAUAAGAGAGAAAAUGUCAUUUAAAAAAAAAAAAAAAUUAUAAUAAUUACUGUAAAUUUCGUGGAAUGUUGAAUCUCGCGUGAUUACCGAACCGGCAUCAAAUGACAAUAAAUAAGUAUUAUUCGUAAAAAAAAAAAUCGAAAUUCACGACACGUUUCCUGUUUCUUUUUUUGUUUUUCAUUUCAAACAUAUCAAAAAAAAAUUAUAAUAAAUAUUUUCUUUAGCGACGGGACAUUUUUUUUUUAUUUUGCAAAUAUUUUGUAAUUCCUAACAAAUUAAACAUUUUUUUUUUCUAUAUUAUCGAUAAUAUUUCGAUAAAAUUUUUUCAAAUUUUAUACUGAUACUAAUAUUAUCAGUAUUAUCAUAUUUUUCGAUACUUGCAUAUUUUUUUUUUCCGUGAAUAAUUUUUGCAAAUAUAAAAAAAAAAUAUUAAUUUUUUUCCAAAAAAAAAACGAAUUUGUGCAAUUAUCUAGAAAAAAAAUUUCGAUAUUAUUACCAUUAAAAUUAGAGAAAUUAUUUUUCCAACAUAUCGACGUCCCAUGGUUAAAGAAAAUCGAAUUUCAUUUGGAGAUUUGUGCGUUUUUCCAGACAGGAAAUCCUCGUGAAUAAAAAACAAAAAAAAAAAAAAAUGAUGAUGAUGAUAGGGAGGGAGAGAGGAAGAGUGCAAGAGAGUAAAAAAAAAAAAAAUAAUUAAAAUUAGAGAGUGGCAAUUUAAAAAGAAAAAAACUUGCAAGUGCAAAGGGAGAGAAAGAAAGAGAAUCGUCUCUCUUUUGGCGAACAAGCGAAAGACGCGCACGAUUGUAAUAAUAAUAAUUAUAAAGAAUAAUAUUGUAAUGUGCAAAAAUCGAAACAAAAAAAAAAAAAAAAGAAAAA